AUGGUUCAGAGGCCAUUCAGUGAAAUGGAAGGAGUAUUUUGGAAAAAUGUUUCUCUGUCUUCAGGCCCUUAUCGAACUAAAGUCCACGAAGCCUUAUUUUCAGGUUAUACACAAGUAAAACAAGUAUUAAAUAAAAAACAACGUCCUAAAAUAUCAACCCUUUUAUCUGCAGUAGAUACUUUCCGUGGUGCUUCAGGUUACUCUAAAUUUAAAAGGGGUGGACGAGGAAACCGACAUCCGAAUGAGCUCAGGCUAGCACGCGAAACAUUAACCAAAAUUACGCCAUCAAAUAGCGUUUUGUUUCCCGAGGACAACAGAUUAGAUAAAAUAAACAAUAGUAGUUUUACACCAGAAAUAACUGUAAAUUCCUUUUACGAAAUACCAAAGCCGUCCAGGUUUUUUCCUCUGGUAGAUGAACAAAUUAUGCAAAGGUCGGAACAUAAAAUAGAAGAUAAAGGAAAACCGAUAUUUACAUUAGGGAAUCGAGAGUCCCAUACAAAAAAUAGUGUAAAAGGGGUUUUUGUAGCAAAUACCGAUAUUAAUGAAAAAUCUUUAGCCAUAAAUGAUAUACAUGUGCAAAAACUUCAGGAAUACGAUGUUGAUUCCGAUAAAGUUGAUUAUUUAAUUGAAGAAGGAACUCCUAAUAUUUUCCCCUUAUAUAACUACAGCAUCCCUUUUAAAGGUUACACAUGUGUAACUUUACAACAGUAUAAAGCAGAUAUCGAUGCGCAGGAACAAUUUUCGGAAUUCGAAAUUGAGCCUCCUUGGGUUAUGAAGAAACAUUUUUGGAACAACAUCUUCGACAGCCGUUACGAGUCCCUAAUGAGAAAUUCAAAAUGGCCACCGUUAAAAGUUAUUUUACUACCGUACACUCAUGUCGACUCAAUCUGGAAACAUACCUUUGAACAAUAUCACAAUCAUAGUGUUAAUAAAAUUAUAUCUAAUUUGGUAAAGAAGCUACAGUUUUACAGCAAUCUUACAUUUACUUGGAACGAAGUAUCGCAUUUGAGCAAGUGGUGGCAUACGACUACUCAAAAAAAUCGUUCGGCGUUUCGUCGAUUAGUGCGAACCGGACGAAUUGAAAUAACUACAGGGGGAUGGGUAGAACCCGACGAAGCGACAACGCAUAUAUUUGGACUUCUGCACCAACUAAUGGAAGGUUAUAAAUAUGAUAUUCGUAAAUAA